UGAAAUUAGUUAAGAUAAAAUAUGUUAGCAUUUAGAGUGCUAUUCAUAUCGCCAAUACGGCUAUUGCAUCAAUCAGUCUCUUUCUUUCAAGGCAGCAAUGUUACGAGCUCCAUUCCGCAUUGCGGCUGUUUCUCACUGCAAGGAUCUGUUAUCAAUAGCCUGGCAAGACGGUAAGCAGAGCAACUUCCCAAAUAUCUGGCUUCGAAGUGCCGCGCGCGAUCCCGAGGUUUUCGAUGCCGGUUCCUUGCUGUAUAAAAGAGAUGACUACGUUGAGUUUAUCUGUAAAGAAUCCCCGUUGGUUCGUGCAGAACACGAGAAGGGAAGCGAGGAUGUUCUUGUUGAAUGGGGAGACCAUCUUGGUACUUUUAAUGCUUCUUGGCUUCGUGCUCAAGACCAUAAUAUCAAUAAAGAUCUAUGUAAGAAGCCUGACAUUACUCUUUGGGAUGCCAACUUCAAGUUCCCAGUUUAUAACUACUCUGAAAGCAUGGAAAAUUUCGACAGCUGGUUUGGGGACUUGAGGAAGUACGGCUUGGCAAUUUUCCAGGGAGUGCCUCAAAAUGAAGCAGGUAUUAUUGAUCUCAUCCACUCUAUUGGUCAAGAAGCUCAACGUACCCAUCCUACAAACAUACUCCGUAUUUUACAAGAUAGCAAGAAAGAAUCGAGCUACGACACAUCAACUUAUACCUCGAAUGSGCACCCAAUGCAUGUGGACACCCCCUACUAUGCCUCAAUGCACAGGCUGACUUGUUUGUUAGGAACUCGCUACAUUGCGCCGGUCAAAGAUACCAACAACUUUCUUGUUGAUAACCUGAAGGUGGUUGAAGAAAUACGCCGAGAAGAACCCGAGGCUUACGACCUGCUUCGUACGAUCCCAGUGCGUCUUGCCAGGAGACGAUUGACUGUUCCCGAAGUUGUUAAACCUAAAGAGUUCUACUUUUACCAUUUAGAUAACGUGGAAUACAAGCCAAUAAUCGCCUAUGAUAAGAGAGAGAAGCACGAUUACAUUAAUUUGACGAACAAACACGCAGGUGUGGAUUUGAGCGUGUUUAAGGAUCAUGCAACGAUGAAGAAGCACUAUGAUGCGUACAGGCUACUGCAGAAAAAGCUAGACGAGAAAGCGAACCAGAAAAGAGUGAUCAUAAAAGAAGGAGUAGCUGUUCUCAUGAACAACGGCCGCAUUAGUCACGGACGAGAACCUAUCCAUUCAUCGUCACAGAGGAGUUUGUUACUUGCCUUUCUCUCUGAGGGAAUGUGGAACAGCAGAUGGCGAAUCAUGAAUGGGCAAAAAUCAGGUCUUGAAGAAAAAUGGCUGUAUGGAUGUUCGCCUGAACAACUGGAGAUACUCGCAGACAGAAAAGAAAUAUAAAACCCUUUUGAAUAAGCAGAAUUAUUGAAAUAGGAUAUUAUAUAAAAAGAAAAAGCAUUUAUAGGACUUAGUUUGUACCCAAUUAUCUAUCGAUAAGAUUUAAUUUCCAAAUUUUAGAAAUUUUGUUUGGUUAGCUGACUUUAAGUCGUAAAGUAAACUCAUUUAUUUUAAAGAUA